UAUGGAUUCCUGAGGGCAUGGACUAUAUCUUGAUUGCGCUGGGACCUGGCAUAUAUCUGGUGCUCCCUAAAUGAUGAGCAAAUGCUGAAUAAAAUUUUGAAAACCAGGACAUCAAGAUGGAAGCAUAUAUGCUUGAUCAGCCUAGUCCUUCUCUAGAAGAUGCAAAACUCAGAAGACCAAUGGUCAUUGAAAUCAUAGAAAAAAAAUUUGAAUGUUUUAGAAAAGAAAUGUCAUUAAAUAUAUAUGGAACAGUGUUGCUUGGAACAACAGCUAGUUGCUCUGGAAUCUUGGCAAACUUCAUUUUCAGACACUGCUUCAAGGUUAAACAUGAUACUUUGAAGACAUAUACAUCACUAACUACACUUCCAUUUUUGUCUACUAUAGUUGCUUAUAAGCUCCUUUUAACUGAUGCUUUGUAUUCAGACAAUAUAAGCAAGGAAAAUUGUGUUCUCAGAAGUUCACUGAUUGGCAUAGUAUGUGGUGUUUUAUAUCCCAGUGCUUUGGCUUUUCUUAAAAAUGGACGUCUGGCAGUCAAGUACAAUACUGUUCCACUGCCACCAAAAGGAAGGGUUUUGCUCCAUUGGUUUCUGCUUUGUCAGACAGAGGUGAAAGCAAUGAUGAUUCCUCUAAUCUCUCAGACGGUGUUUGGAAUAUUCAAUGGUCUAGAGCAUUAUGCAGUAUUUGAAAGGACACUUGAGAAAACCAUGCAUGAAGAAUAACCAAGGAAGGAAUGGAUGCUAACUCAGCGGAAUAGAUGCUAACUCAGCGGAAUAGAUUUUUUUAUGAGGUGAACUCGGGUGUUGCUGAAAGAGUUAAAAGUAACUCUGAACAAUUUGCUUCCGUCCCUUUUGCCUGGUAUAUAGCAGGCACUCAAUAAGUAUUCAAUAAUUCAGUCAAUAAAUACACGUUUUAUCUUACAUUAAUAUGUAAGUUUUAGUUUUCUUUCCUCAUGGUACAUCCAUUUUGCCUGGUAUAUAACAGAUACCAAUACGUAUUUAGUAAUUCAAUAAAAGUAAACAUAACAAUAAA